AUGCGCGUUCUUUUAAUACGAUCUCCACCAAUGGCGGGUAAAACAUCACUCGCACAACUUUUUGAGAAGCAUCUGUUGGAAGAACACCCUGGAACGAGGGUUUUUCGUAUAUCUCUGUUGUGGAUGGAGGCCGACAAUCCAGAAUGGACCUUUUCAGAUCGGUUUCGAUGGCUUAUGGGGAACAUCGGUUGGCGCCAAUUUGUCUCUGAAUCUUCACGCAUUGAAACCAUCUUAAUUGUAGAUGAAGUUCAGAAACUAUAUAAACCUGACACAGAAGAUUCU